AUGACAUCGUUUCUAAAACGACAGUUUUUCUCAACCAACAAUGGAUUAAGGAGUCUAGGGACAGCUUCAGGACAUUUGAAGAACAUCAAAGUACAAACAAGCAAGAAGGAUAUAUCGAAACCUGUUAAUUUAGCUACAAAAAUUAAAAAUACUGCUGAUGCAAAUGAGCUCUUGAAGAUUACCAGAUCUUUAAGUAAAGAUUCCAAGGUAGCUAGUGGCUUGUUUUACUUGAUACUAAAGCAAUUACAAUCGAAACUGGAUCUCGGUAUUCUCAGUCACUUGAAAGAUAUCUGGACUGGCAGAUCCGAACAUAGCACAUAUCAGGUUCAAUCUGCAUAUUAUUCGACUUUCAUUCACAUAUAUUUGAACCUGGAUCAAUACCUCAUGGCUAAGACUUUAUAUUUUCAAACGUCUGAUGCUUUGAGUACUACUAAGGAUCUACCCACGAUCAAGUUAUUGAAUAUUCUCCUGAAGUAUAAAGACCUUGAUGGAAUUUGCGAUGUUUUAGAGAUGGUGUCUUUAGAAGACUCUUCUGUGAUCACUAAAGCUACUUGGAUAUAUUAUUUGUCAUUGGCAUUUGGUGAAAAUCACCACAGGUUGGUGAAGACAGUUUAUGAUCAUUAUCUUAUGAAAGAUCUGAAUUCAUCUAAGCAGUUCUUAGAAACAAAUAUUUCCAAUUAUUUUCAAGACAAGGGAUUAAACGACUCCAUGAUAUUUCUAAUGUUGCAAUCGCUAUCAUCGCACGGAGAUGUUUCUAGGUCUUUAUCAUUGAUUGAAAAGUUCUAUUUCGAAAGAUUGAUGAUCACAGGACAAUCCUUGAGUAAAGAGUUAGCCAUUUGUGUCAUUGAAGCUUAUUGUUUUACCGAUGCUGAUGAUUAUCACCAAUUGAAUCCUCUGGAGUAUAAAAAUUAUCAUGACACAAGUGUAGAAAGAGUACUUGAUGUUUUAGGAAGAAUAAUGGAACGAUCAGAUGAGAUACUUACAUACAAGGAUAUCAGUCAUUUUCUAUCCAACAAAUUCAUGAAUUACAGGAUCUAUGAUAAGAACGCCGACGAAGAAUACAACAAGAAAGAAAUCAUCCAUCAACAAAGAGGUAAAGAGGAAAUGAAAAGAUAUAACGAGAAUCUUGAGAGAUUCACCCAAGGUAACAUUAUGGCCAAUUUACAAAAUCUACAAGCAUUUGCAUCAAAACAUAUCAAAUACAUACAAGAAAAGAAUUAUCAAUGUUUAACAUUAUUUAUAAAUUGUAUGUUGAAUCAUAUAAACUUAUAUCAGAAUUUUUCGGGGAUGGUGAAACUUUUGAGUGGUUUAAAAGAUUUGAACAGUAAUUUUGUAGACGAGUGGCUUGAUCAACACCUGAUAAGCAUCAUCAUAAAUUGUAUCGGUAAUUCCAAUGCCAAGUUAUCCUCAUUACAAAUAUUCAAAUUCAUGAAAAAGUCGAACCUCCAGAUCACGGAAGAAAACUACUAUGGUUUCAUUUCUCUGAGUCUUCGGGGAGAUUUCCAUUCUCAAUUAGCAUUUUAUUUGUAUAACUACCUUCAAGAUUUUGGUUCCAUAGGUAUCAGAGUUAAUGAGUUACUCGAAGAACUACCAUCUCACUUAGCUCCGGAUAUAGACAGCCUCGUAGAAGUAGAGCCAAUAAUAACAGAUCACGAGUUACAAGAUUUUAAUAGAAGAUACGAUUACCAUUUGGAUUCAAGAGAUUGCGAUGUAAUCAAAAAUAUAUUCAUGGUAUAA